GCUUGGAACUCCUUCCACGGCAUUGCCGUUGAUGUGCAUGUUCACCGCAUUAGCAACAGACUUGGGUGGGUCAAGACUAAGACUCCACUGGAGACGGAGAUUGCCCUUGAAGACUGCCUCCCCAGGAAGCACUGGGAGGAUGUGAAUCUUCUUUUGGUUGGCUUUGGGCAGCAAAUAUGCAAACCCGUUAACCCUGCAUGCGCCAUUUGUCUCGCCCGGCCUUACUGCCCUGUUGGCC